GAUUAAUAAAAUUCCCCAGCUCUACUCCCCCUACUCCCCCUACUCCCCCUGUAACAAGUCAACGUGAUGAAGUGUAUUCUCCAUUGUCCAACCAAAUCAAGUUUCUCUCGACGGGGGUUUAUCCUUUGAUGACUGAAUUCAUAUAAGUCACGAAUCCUUCCCCAGGAUUCCUGUCGUUUUGCUUUGCUUUGCUCUGUCUUCCUCCCUCACCGUCAAUUGCGGCGACACCAAAACUGCAUGCUAACUAGCAAAGCUUGUCUCAACCUCAAGUCAACAUGCGUCUAAACACUAGCCUCGCUUCGCUGGGAGCAUUAUUGCUGCCAUUGGCCUCAGCGCAAUCGCCUGGCGGUACUGGGACCAGUCAUGUGUCAAGCAGUUUGGGCCCAAAUGAAAAUGGCUUUUAUUGGAUUUACAGCGAGGGGCUCUCAGCCGCGUUCAUCCCUUAUGGUGCUUCCGUCGCAAAGCUCUUGAUCCACGACAAGUACGGUAUCGAGAGAGAUGUGGUAGCCGGCUUCGACAACGCUACAGCAUAUACGCUUGACAAAGCUCAUCCUCAUCUCGGCAGUGUACCGGGCCGAUACGCAAACCGGAUCAAGAAUAGCACAUUUGAAAUUGAUGGCGAAACAUUCCACAUUAAGCCCAAUGAGAACCCUACACCGGAAGCUCCUGAAGGUGCUGAUACUCUGCACGGCGGCCCCGAUGGCUGGGAUUUCCGCAACUUCACUGUCGUUUCUCAUUCAAAUGACAGUAUAACCUUUUCCAUUGUCGAUCCCGACGGCGAGCAAGGUUUUCCCGGCGAGGUCAUCUCCUACGUCACCUAUACUCUCCACGAUUUCACAUGGGAUUUUAAGCUGGUAGCUAUCGCAACUACGAAGAAAACGCCUAUCAUGCUCAGCAGUCAUACGUAUUGGAACUUGGACGGCUUUGCCAAUAACGAGACUAACACCGCCUUGAACCACACGUUCUAUUUGCCCUACAGCGGCCAGCGAGUUGGUGUUGACGACAUCUUAAUUCCGACAGGUGACAUCAUCGCCAACAAGAAGGGAUCUGUGAACGAUUUCUGGAGCGCACCAAAGCAACUCGGGACCGACCUUCAGAAGCCUGAAGCGGAGGGUAACUGCGGUUUCAACUGCACUGGUUACGACACUUGCUGGAUCAUCAACCGGAGUCAAGAGGGCCCCUAUGAUUGGCGCGCCGAGGGCAGCUUCGUCGCCCGUCUUCAGUCGGAAUGGUCUGGCAUUCAGCUCGACGUGUACACGGACCAGGAAGCAUUCCAGAUGUACUCAUGCAACGGUCAGAACAGCACGAUGCCUCUCAAGACGUCGCAGGGUCUCUUCGACAACGAGGAUUUCCCCCGCACAAUCCCCCAGUACGGCUGCCUUGUCAUGGAGGUCGAGGACUGGAUCGAUGCCAUCAACCACCCGGAGUGGCAGCGCGAGUCCAAGCAGAUCUUCGGCCCCGGAGGCGAUCCCUACGUCCUCCAGGCCAGCUACGUCUUCAGCGUCAACACCACCACGUCAUCUUAGACGGGCGCUUGUGGGGGUGAUGGAGAAGACGAGUGUAAUAAUGAUAAUAAUUAAAGCGGCCACGGCACCAUGCCUUAGGUGGUACCUCGGGUGGCGCGGUAAAUAGAUGUUAUACAUAUUGGGUAUUUACAUUAUUUAGCGCCGUGUCGAUACUACCGGUGUUGGCGCCGUAUCUACUUAUAUAAUAUACUUAAUUGGCCAA